ACGUCAAUCUGCCUGUGCUGAACACGCCUGCGCGUUACAGUGCUUCCGGGUCAAGCUCGUAACCUUGGUUGUUGUGAGGUGCAUCAUGGCGGCUCUACUUAGAAUACGUUCCAUCUGUCACAAAGGCGUCAAACCUCUCUUUCUUCGAAGUUCUCUGUUCCUGCGACCUGUCGUUGCUCAAAAGAAGGACCAGGAUCAUGUUCUGCUUUUGACAGCGGAUAUUCACGCGUCUCCUUCCCGCUAUGCGGUUACUAGCUCUAAGGCGGCAUCCAGGCACUGGACAGGGGAGCGACUCUUAAGCAUAAUACUGCUUGGUAUGUUGCCAACUGCCUACAUGUUCCCUGGACCCAUUAUGGACUGUUCGCUGGCGGCCGCCCUCACCCUGCAUGGCCACUGGGGCCUGGGACAAGUGGUGACCGACUAUGUUCAUGGAGACUUCAAGGUCAAGGUGGCCCGCGGAGGCCUUCUGGCUUUGUCAGCCGUCACCUUUGCUGGCCUUUGCUACUUUAAUUACCACGACGUGGGCAUCUGCAAGGCUGUGGCCAUGCUGUGGAGCAUGUAAAUGCAUUAGGGGGACUAAUGUCUGUGAACUGGGACAUCUAUAAACAUCUGAGGGAUUGUAUGUAAAUUGUAUAAAUACAUGCUUUUUGUGACAAAAGCUAUUAUUCGAUUUACUUGAUUAUUCAUUCAGAAUUUGUAGGUUUUUGUCAGGAGUCUUGCAUGUCGCUGGUGUCUGUUCCUGCUAAUGUGUGAUGUACAGUGAAGGGGAUUCUCUCCGCCAAACCCUGACUUGUCUUCACUAUCAAAGCUUUUGAUAAAUGAAUCGGAAGCUGCCAUUGUGGAUGUGACUGAGGAAGAUGCACAUCUGAGUCAUGAUGGGGUUUCCUUUGUGUUUAACUGAUGGCUCUUUGCUGGGCCUGAAUCCAGCGAUUCAUCCAGUGAUCCUCUCAAUAUUAAAAAAAAUCUUUCCUGUAAUGCCGCCACUGCUCUUCGAUGUUUAAACCCUAGAUGAACACAUACUCCAAGCCUCCGCAGUGUGAACCCUUCCUGAAAGCUCUCUCCAUUUGUGCAUUAUGCAACGCUACCAUACUCUCCGUCAAUCUCAUUUACAGGCCGAUUCUUAGUCCCUUCAGAAAUUCUGCAGCCUCCUCAUCUGCACUCAGGAUCACAUUCGGUUGACUUAUGAAGAUUUAAUUUCUCACGAUCCCAGUUACUAUAAUCUACUUCAGACCUUUGCUAAAGGAGUAAUGAUGGUGAUUCAUUGCAGCUGUGUAUCGUGCAAACAGCAUCAGACCCUAAUGACGAUUUGCUAUCAUUCUGCUGAAUAAAUGUUAACUAUCAAACUUUUAAAA